AUGAGGAAGAGCGCCAAUGAGGCGUAUGAUUUGUUAGAAGAAAUGGCCAUUAACAAUCAACAGUGGCCAAGUGAGAGAGGUAACUCGAAGAAAGUAUCUGGUUUGCAUGAGAUUGAUGCAAUAUCUAAGUUAACUGCUCAAGUUGAGGCUUUGACUAAACAGUUGCAAGGCAGUACAAUGGCAGCCCCCAUGAUGCAAGUUCAUACAAUGUGUGAAUUAUGUGGGGGUCCUCAUACUUAUGAAAAGUGCCAAUAUGUGGAUCAGCCGCAGCAGUCAUUUCAGCAACCACCUCAAGGGUUUUAUCAACAGAGAUUCAGGCCUCAACAACAACCACCUCAGCCGCCUAUGCAACAACAACAGAAUCCUGUGAGACAGCCUGAUACUCAAUCUAAUGUUCUUAAUCAAUUCAUGAUUGAGACGCAGUCUUCUAUUAGAAAUUUGGAGACUCAGAUAGGGCAAUUGGCUACUCUUAUGGCCAGUCGUGCUCAAGGUGACCUGCCUAGCACAACUGAGGCACAGGGCACAUUGGAUCAGAAGCAAGAUGAGGACAAGGUUACUGAAGACCUACCAAUCAAGGAAGCUACACCGCCAGUCAGUAUUGAUCAUCAUAUUAAGAUUCCCUAUCCUCAAAGGCUCCGCAAGAACAACUUAGAUAAGCAGUUUUCGAAAUUUCUUGAAGUAUUCAAGAAACUGCAUAUAAACAUUCCAUUUGCAGAGGCUCUAGAGCAGAUGCCCAGUUACGUGAAAUUCAUGAAAGACAUCCUGUCUAAGAAAAGAAAAAUAAAAGAAUAUGAAAUGGUGGCAUUAACUGAAGAGUGUAGCGCUAUUCUGCAAAGGAAACUCCCUCAGAAGCUGAGAGAUCCUGGGAAUUUUACUAUACCUUGCACCAUAGGGAAUAUUGAGAGCGUGAAUGCUCUAUGUGAUUUGGGGGCAAGCAUUAAUCUGAUGCCGCUUUCAGUUUUCAAAAGAUUAAAGCUAGGGGAAGCAAGGCCUACCACGCUGACAUUACAAUUAGCAGAUCGUUCAUUGGCACAUCCUCGAGGUAUAAUAGAAGAUGUCCUAGUGAAGGUGGACAAAUUUAUCUUCCCAGCCAAUUUUAUUAUACUUGAUAUGGAGGAGGAUACAAACAUUCCAUUCAUCCAUGGUAGACCAUUCUUGGCAACAGGCCAAGCUUUGAUUGAUGUGUAG